CGACGCGGCUUGUUUGCGAUUGAAUAUUUGUUGUCGACGUUGUGACCUUGCCAACGUAUAAAAAGACGAUGAUCGCCGCCAUGUUUGACCUUCAGUCCUGCAGCGACUUGAAAUUCGGCCCCAAAUAUUUCCUCAGAUCUCCUAGUUGAGCUUUCACAACCAGUGUUGAAAGACGUAAACUUUGAAUAUGCGUGCUUCAGUCUGUUUCGCUGCCCUCGUGGCACUUGCGACUGCCCUUCCAACACCAGGGGAGGAGUUGUACACGAUCGAGCUCGCACCCGGAGAGACCAAACAAGUGACUGAGGCAGAAAAAUGGAAGCUCAAGUCCGAAGGUGUGAACUUCUUCGACAUCACCGAAUUUCAGGACUUCCAGCCCACGAUUGAGAAGCGCCAGGCUGUCACAUUCCCUUCGACGCUUACACAAGGAACUUCAGUCCGCGCAUUGAACGCAAAGCUCAGCUCAUCGAACAUGCAGACCAACCUGCAAACAUUCAGCGAUUUCAACAACCGAUACUACAGAGCCACAACAGGCAAACAAUCUUCUGACUGGUUGCUUGCUAAGGUCAAGAGCUAUGUACCCGCCGGAUCUGCGAUCACCGUGACCGCGUUUUCACACUCCUUCGUCCAGUCGUCCAUCAUUGCGAAGAUUCCUGGAAAGAGUGUAAAGACUAUUGUUGUUGGCGCUCACCAAGAUUCUAUUAACCAACAGAGUCCUACUAGUGGGAGAGCCCCCGGCGCAGAUGAUGAUGGUUCUGGCACUGUGACCAUUCUGGACGCAUUCCGAACUCUUCUUACGAACAGCACCAUUGCAAGUGGUCAAGCUCCCCAGACAAUCGAAUUCCACUGGUACGCUGGCGAGGAGGGAGGUCUCUUGGGCUCCCAGGCUAUCUUCAACAGCUACUCAUCAAGCGGACGUGAUGUCAAGGCCAUGCUGAACCAAGACAUGACUGGCUACACUCAGGGCUACAAGAGCGCUGGUUUGACUCCCAAGUUUGGCGUCAUCACCGACAACGUCAACGCUGCGUUGACUGCCUUCACCAAACGCGUUAUCACUGCUUACACCAGCGUCGGAUUUGCGGAUGAUAGGUGCGGUUAUGCGUGCUCCGAUCAUGCUAGCGCGACAAGAGCUGGAUAUCCCUCUGCUAUGAUCUUCGAGUCGGAGAUGGCCUACGAGAACCCGUACAUUCACACAACUUCUGAUACCAUCAACCGCGUCGACUUCGCACAUAUGGUCGAGCACGCGAAGUUGGUCGUUGGAUUCGUCGUUGAGUUGGCAUUUGCUGCUUUGUAAAUAUUUACAAUUUAUCUCAUUAUGAUCCUUCAUUCUUGUUACACAGUCG